CGAGUGUUCCGGACGUGGCCAGUGAGCCUUGGGCCAUGUUUACGGGCAAAGUUUUCGCGCUCUGAAGAUACCCCGGCGCGAUGUUCGCAGACCUUUCCUUCCAAAGGAGGAUCUUGUUGCUGCUAGCAUUAUUCAUAAGUUCAUUGAAGUCCUCGAGUGCCGCCGGGACUAGUUGCCCGGCGGAAUGUUUGUGCCAGACGGCCGUCGGGCGCGAGGGAGCAAGCGAGCUGCUCGUCGUAUGUACGCGGGGUGACCAGUACACGAUUCCUGUCGAUCAGCUAGACAGGACUGCAAACAUCAUCGUCAUCGCUCCCCCGCCUACCCGUCCCAAUUACCUCACUAUUGGACCCAUCUUCACGCAGCCCACCCCUUUCGCUAACCUUCGAGAACUACACAUUGUCAAUUCCAACGUACCUUCCAUAGGCCAGUACUCUUUUUGGGGUCUUCAAAACUUAAGAAUACUAAACCUGACGCACAAUAACCUUACAAGCAUUGGCGCUGAUAAUUUCCGGGGACUCAUAAAUUUAUCGGAUUUAUUCCUGGAUCAUAACAAUAUCGAACAGAUGCCGAGUGAAACAUUCCGACACCUCACAGCUCUCAGGACAUUGACCUUGUCGCAAAAUCAAAUAUCGGCAUUAGUGCCUCGGCUCUUUCGUAUGCUGGCGAAAUUAAUUUAUUUAGAUCUCAGUGACAAUCCUCUAGUCGAUUUGAACCCUGAAGUUUUCAAAGACAUUCAACAUCUAAGGUUUUUCAUAUGCAGGCGAUGUUUACUGCGUAGAGUGAAUACGCAAAUAUACCAUCUCGUCCCACAUCUCGAGGAGUUGGACUUGGGAGAGAAUCAAUUCAAAUAUUUGACAUCAGAUGAAUUUAUCAGUCUCAAGAAGUUGAGGAAGUUGAAAUUGGAUGGAAAUCAAUUGUCAGUGAUCGUCGACAACAUGUUUGGUAGGAACAGAGAGUUACGAGUUCUAACCCUGGCACGAAACCGUCUCGCCCUCUUGGCGCCAGCGGCCCUAGACAACCUCACCAACCUGAUGCACCUGGACAUAAGCCACAAUAAAAUAGAUAGGUUCCACCUACAAACAUUCGCUCCGGCUGUCGAUUCCCUGAAAACAAUAAAUGUUAGCGGUAACAAUUUACCACUCAAUGAAAUAGCACUUGUUCUCCAAAUACUUCCUGAAAUUCAAGGCGUUGGCCUCGCUAAUUUGUCCUUGCAAGAAAUUCCACCAAAUUUUUUCAUCUAUAACGAACACUUGGUAUCACUCGACAUAUCCUGGAAUAAAUUAACAAAGUUUCCUUAUAAACUCCUGACUAAGACAAAAUUCUUGCAAACAUUAGAUAUGUCUCGUAACAGAUUACAUACAUUAAACGAAGAGGAUCUUCAGAGACUCGAGGCGAUAGCACACAUUGACUUAUCAAAAAACCAUUGGCGUUGUGAUCACUGCUCGGUUGGGACGAUGUUGGCUUACAUGACCACUACUGUGUUAAAUUCCAGCAUACGACAUCUUACGUGCUAUUCUCCUCUGAGACUUCAUGGUAUAACAUUUGGUGAAUUGGAUUUUGAUAAGCUAGAGCCUUGUAUGGGAACCCAUGAAGCCCAGAUGAGCGUAAUAGCGGGGCUGAUGCUACUUUGCGUGGCUGUGUUCGCAGCAAUAGCAGCUGCCCUGUGCUGCACGCGCCGACGAACAGCUCACUAUUACACUAAUGAGGAAAAGCGUAGAGAGCAUGCUCACGAACACCCGGAAGAACUGCUCGGACACACCGACUUGGGCAGUGUCGCGACUAUCCAUGCUCCCUACCACCUCGUGACGAAGGGAAGUUAACAGCGUGCCCCCACACCGACAGUCCAGAGACGUGCCCUUCGCGUCUCAUUUCAAUCCCCUCCAGCUUGUUCUAGGCCACACGAAUCCGCUCCACUUCGCUACCUCCCAUCGCAUUUACAACAUAUUUCAAGGGAAAUUAUAUGAUACGAUGAAGAUGACUUGGUGUAAAUCCAUGGACAAUUUUAUCUUGUUUAAUUGUGGUUUUAGCCGAUAAGAUCACGUUUCACUUUUACAGUUUCAAUUUCCAAACCUAUUUUAUAUUUUUUCCCAAUCUUUUAUAUUAAGCGAAAAGAACUUGACCAAGCAAAUUUAUGCAUUCUAUUUUCUCAACACAGAAAUCUGAGGCUCAGACCUUUAACGGUUGAAUUUUUUUUUUGUCUCAAAGAUAAUAACCGUUUUACGGAUUUAAUUUUUCAAAGUUAUAUGUAAUUUGGAAAAAAAUUGUUUUCUGAUGAUAGGGAGUCCGGCACCAGCACCACCACACGUUGUCCCUAUAUCGGUAGCUAGCCAUCAAAUUUUAAUACGAAAAAAAUAUUUUUCUACGACUAGAAUUUUUCUGUACUAUUCACUAGACUUAAAAUAGAAAUAAUGUUUAACUCUAACAAACACGAAUUUCGGUAGUUUUCUAAAAAAUUAGAUUUAUUCGGUAGAUUCUCUAACUUCUUACGCUGUGUGCUUCAGAAUGAUGUCGAAACUGGCUAACUACCUGAUAAUAAGUUCACUAAGACGUUGUCUGCUUUCAUUUAAACGUAGUUUUAUUGUUAUAUAAAGUGUUUUGAUAGAAAGAAAGGGAAAUCUGAUAAUUGUAUGCACCGUUUCUGCUCCAUUCUACCUACAACUUUAAAAUGCCUAGUCUCUGUACCAUAGAAUGAAAUAACCACAAUUAAUUCGUGAAGCAUUCAAAACUAUUUGUAGCGAAAAAUAAUUAUAUGUUACAAUCCCGUUAUCAGAUUGUGUUUUCUCCGUCCAUAAUGUUCAUUUGUGUACAUCUAAGGUGUUUAGUAUCUUAUUCAAAGAUUGAUUAAUUGCAGUAACACAUUGGAAAUUAGAAAUAUUUGAUGUACUCAACUGAAUAAAAAGUUUGCUUUGUGUCAGGGUCGUGUUUGUUGCCUCGCGACGCAUAUUCAGUCGGUAUAUAUUCUAUUAAAAAUGAAACAUUUGCCAUUUUACUAUUAGUUGUACCAUAUCAUUAGCGCCGUAAGCAUUUUAUCACUAUCCAAAAACAAUUAAACUACAGUAAUAUUGUAUAUACCGUAAUCUAUUCAUAAUGUAAGUUGUGUAUAUUUCAGAGAAAUGCCUAAAUUUGCUCACUCAACAUGUAAUAAUUAUAGUUAUAUAAUGUAAUUAAUCACAUAGUUAUAGAACCAUUAAUUUGUCCUAGAAGACAAAGUCUUUUAGAUCCACUAUGUGGAUGGAUGUGGAUACACAUGUCAACAAAAUUUAAAAAUUUUAAAAGUAAAUAUAAUAAUUAGUAGUAUAUAGUUUAUAUUGGAUAUAUUUAGAACUGUGAUGAGGGUCGUGCCAAUAUUUUCUUAUAUAUAGCUAUUUGGCUUCGAAAUUGUUUUGCAGAUUCUAUAAUAUCGCUUGCCCCGGGGAACAAAGUCGUAAAAUACUUUUUGGCUUCCUUGAGUGAUGUAACUGUUAUUUUUUCAAAAAACAUUUUAUUAUAAAAAUUACAUGAGAAUGGAUACUACGGAUUGCUGCAUUAUUAAUUUAAUGCGACAGUUUAAAAAUAUAUAAAGAGUGGUUUCACCAACUUUCGCGAGUGGUAAAACUUUAUUAAGUUCUAGAUAUUCGUCAAAAUGUGUAGUUUCUCUGUCGACGGUAAUUAAACGAUCGUAAAACGCAGUUCUUCAGUUUAAUUGCAUUAAUUACUUCAAUAUAUAUUUACU